UUGGCGGCAGGGCAGGAUUCCGGGCAGGAGCCUUGCCUCUCAGGUGGCGGGCUCUGCGACCCUGCGAGAUGGACCGGACGGAAGGCAGUGCCGGGCAGCCUGGCACCGCUGAGCGGUCCCACCGAAGCAGCGUGUCCUCCGUGGGAGCCCGAGCGGCUGACGUGCUGGUAUACCUGGCUGAUGACACGGUGGUGCCCCUGGCUGUGGAGAACCUGCCCUCGCUUAGUGCCCAUGAGCUGCACCACGCCGUCCGAGAGGUCCUGCAGCUUCCGGACAUCGCCCUGGAUGUCUUCGAGCUCUGGCUGGUUUCCCCUCUGCUGGAGGUGCAGCUGAAACCCAAGCACCAGCCCUACAAGCUGGGACGCCAGUGGCCGGAGCUGCUGCUGCGCUUCACCAGUGCCCUGGACAACGACGUGGCCAUGGAUGAGUCUUUCCUGCAGUUCCGAAGGAACGUGUUCUUCCCAAAGCGGCGGGAGCUCCAGAUCCUCGACGAGGAGGUCCUGCGGCUGCUCUAUGAGGAGGCCAAGGGCAACGUGCUGGCUGCACAGUACCCUUGCGACGUGGAAGACUUCGAGGCUCUGGGCGCCCUGGUGUGCCGCGUGCAACUCGUGCCUUACCAGCCCAGCUGGCCGGCAGCCUGCGACCUGAGGGAGAAGCUGGACUCCUUCCUCCCUGCCCACCUCUGUAAGCGGGGCCAGGGUCUCUUUGCUGCCCUCCGGGGCAGUGGGGCCAGGGCCAGGCCGGGCGAGCAGGGCCUGCUGAACCCCUACCGCCAGGUGCAGGAGGUCAGCAGUGACGGCCGGUGCGAGGCCGCCCUGGGCACCCACUACCGCGCCUACCUCCUCAAGUGCCACGAGCUGCCCUUCUAUGGGUGUGCCUUCUUCCACGGUGAGGUUGACAAGCCAGCCCAAGGCUUUUCGCACCGGGGUGGGCGCAAGCCAGUUUCUGUGGCCAUCAGUCUGGAAGGUGUGCAGGUCAUCGACAGCAGAGAGAAGCACGUCCUGCUGGGCCUGCGCUUCCAGGAGCUGUCGUGGGACCACACCUCCUCCUCUGAGGAGAAGCCCAUCCUGUGGCUGGAGUUCGACAGGGACAGCGAGGGCACACUUGUCAACAAGCUCCUCAAGAUCUACUCCAAGCAGGCUGAACUGAUGAGCAGCCUCAGUGAGUACUGCAUUGAACUGAGCCAGGCGGCGGAGCCCGCAGGCCCCCAGGACAGUGCAACUGGCUAGCCCUCAGACCCCAGAUCCUCGCCGGCUCCUGCUCAGCUCCCCAAGCUGCGGAGGCAGGGCAGUGUGGUGUCCAGCCGAAUCCAGCAUCUCUCCACCAUCCGCUACGUGGAGGACUGCAAGGGGAUCAGGCGAGUGAAGCCGAAGCGCACCACGUCCUUCUUCAGCCGGCAGCUGUCCUUGGGCCAGGGGAGCUACACCGUGGUGCAGCCCAGCAACAGCCUGGAGCAGGGCUGAGGACCCUGCACCAGGCAGGAGGAGGGCAACUGGGGGCCCUGGCCUAGCACUGUCCCCCUGAGGGGCAGGGGUCGGCUGCAACAGUCUCAUGGGUCACCACAUGGGGAGGGCUGCCUCAGCAGAUUUCUCAGACCACGGAGAGGUGACUUUUGGGCCCGGGGCCAUGCCCGGGCUGUGCAAAGCUGGUCAGGGCCUCCCGCAGGGCCCCUCUGCAGCCUGCCCUCCCUUCCCCCCCUUCACCCGGAUGCCGGGCCCUGCUGCUAUCUCAGGAGCAUCCGAUCAAGCUGCAGCUGCCACCCUCACCUAGAA